AACUAUCACACGUUCGGCAUUUGUGCAAACGCAGUGAGGCAGACUUUCGCGCGCUUUGUUUGAACGUUCGGCUGCGGUGUCAAAUUUUUACUUCCUUGUCUUUUGUGUGCGCGUCAUGCUGCUGGUUAGUUGAGGUAACCGACACCUGUGUCAAACGGUAGGCGGCAAAUACGCGUCAGGCGCCCCCCUUUUGUUCCUGUUCGCCCUCCCGUUCAUAAGCAAUCUUAGCUUGUCACUUGAGGAGUAGCGACAAGAAGCAUGGCGUCGUCAGAGGAGGGGGGUGCCCCAAGUUCUUACGAACCGACUUUGACCGUGAACGCGAAGCCGUCCAAGUCUGAAAACGGUCGCGGCAAGACGGUGGGCGAAACCGGGCUUCACUUGAAACUUCUCAAGCUGGUACUAUCCAUACUUCUCGGGUUAGUAGUUCUGGCGAGCUUCGCUCUCUCACAUCUUUCGGCGAUCUCUCUGGUGAGAUAUCUCCGCCUCAAUGUUACGAGUGAAGACAAUGCCACGAGUAAAGACAAUGUCACGAGAUGCAAGGAUAAUGCCACGGACGUCGAACUUGAACGUGAACUCGAGCGUAACGUCACUGCGUUGAUGUUGGUGUACGUACUGAUGAUACCGUACGGAGUGUCCUUGUUGAGGAGUUUGUGGAACGGCGCUUUUCAAGAUUCCGUGCCGUGGCCGCACCUUAAAGCUAUCGCCCUGGGCGCAGUUCUCAGCAUCUGUGAGGUGACCGGGCUGUGUCUCCUCACCCUGCGGGUCAUGCCGUCCGUCACCCCGGCUCUCAGCGUGGUCCUCUCCAACGGGAUCCUCUUCGUCCCGAUCCUCAGCCAAACAGCCAAACAGAUAACCGUCCUAUGGAAGCAGGAAAAGAAACGACACUGCCGACGUAUUUCGCGUCUUGUUACAUGCGUGUUCUGGGUUCUCGCUUGUGGAGGACUUGUCGGUGUUUGGUGUUACUUCAGAAAGCAGAAAUAUGUGGUAGAAACUGUCGUUUCCCUACUACUUCUGUCCACUGCCUGGGCUCCAAAGCUUCAAGAGUUUCAGACCGAAUGUCUUCGCAAGUCCAAAUCGUCAAAACCGGACCAUGCUAACUCAAGAUGGAAGGCAGGGAUCUUGAACAAUCUAGUGAAACUAGUGUCUGCCCUUUUGAUCCCUGACCUUUUGAAGUAUGUUAGACUAACGGAUAUUUGUUCUACCUGGGUUUGGAUCAAGCCAAACCUCUAUGCACACUUCACGAUUGACCACCCGGCUAUGGUUAGUUUUAUCGUAAACGUGACCGCCAGUUUCACGGGGUACAUCCUAGCAUGGACCGCCUGUGCUAUACGCAUGGGCUUCUUCGGAUUCGCCUUGCCUGCUUUUCUAAGCACUUUGGUUACAGGAAUCAUAUUCGUCAAACCGAUAUGUUCCACCAUGAGUUUCGUCCAUCCCGACACUUGCCUGAUGUUUAUGAGUGAGGACUUCGCGUGGGACGUCGGAGUCGGUCUGGGCUUGCUGCUGGUCCAGUUCUUCACCACCACAUGGUUCGUCAUGAGGAGCCCAACUAUCGUCAUGGAACGGGAAGCACAGCUGUUCUGGCUUCCCGGGUACAACAGUGUGUUCCCCGCCCAGUGGAUGUUGUUGAGCCGUAAGAACAGGAACACGAAGGGCGAGGACUUCACCACACGGAAGAAAACCAAACAGAACACGCACGUUUACAUCUGCACUACUAUGUAUCACGAGUCUGAACGUGAGAUGGAUCAGCUCCUGACGUCACUACGUGCCCUAGCGGAGAGCCAGGUGGGAGAACGGACCUUCGAGUCUCACAUCUUCUUCGACGGCGGGUGCCGCCAGGGUCAGCCGUCACAGUGGGCACUACAGCUCUUCAGUGUCAUGGAGAGGACGCUUCAGGACGAGAAUGACCCGGAAGACAUCUUACAGCAGUGUACCCGGUAUAAGACUCCGUACGGGCUGCAGCUCCAGUGGAACCUUCACUACGGCAGCGGAGACACGGCCAGCGGGAUGAUGUUCACGGUGCACCUAAAGGACAACGUUCUGGUGAAGAACAAGAAGAGAUGGAGCCAAGUGAUGUACAUGUCUUACAUCCUGGACUACGCAGCAUACUUCCAUCCACUGGGAAUGGCGUCCAGAGUAAUCGCUGACACAGACAUCCUCGCUACGUCUACGUAUGGUGACGCGGCGUCGCACGGCCCGCACCAGGCCCGGCUGAACGCCGUGGGGACCGGCAGUCGGACAUGCGGCUGGACGGCGGGAGACUCUGAUAUACACCAGCGGUUGCAGAUCUACCUAGGAGAAGAUAUGGUUGUAACAGGAGUUGUAACUCAGGGGAAACACGGCUGUGAGGAGUGGGUGACUGAGUACAACCUGUCCUACAGCCAGGACGGGAAGUCAUGGGAAUACUACAAGGAUAGUGACGGCAAACCCGUGGUGUUAGAAGGCAACGUUGACAGUGACACCCCCGUACAGCAUAUCCUGGACACACGGAUCAGGGCAGCUUACAUCAGCUUCAACCCUGUGAACUGGAACGACAGGAUCAGCAUGAGGGUAGAACUGCUCGGGUAUUGUGCAACGGACUUGGACCGGGACAGUUACAUCCUGGCCACAGACGCGGACAUCAAGUUCUCCCCGCAGUCCGCCAAGGCGCUGAUGGAGAUCAUGAGUACGGACCCUAACGUCGGGGCCGUGUGCGCCCGGACACACCCGCUGGGUUCAGGGCCCUUGGUCUGGUAUCAGAUCUUCGACUACGCUGUCGGGCACUGGUUCCAAAAGGUUGCCAACAGUAUCCUGGGCACAGUGCUGUGCUGUCCAGGUUGCUUUAGUGUGUACAGGUGUAAGGCUGUCAGGGACACCCUCGCCACGUACGCCUCUACUGUCAGCAAAGGGGAGGAGUUUCUCACCAAGGAUAUGGGAGAGGAUCGCUGGCUGUGUACACUCAUGGUGAGAAUGAUGGACCCCUGCAUCUCCUAUUGGGUAGAGAAGGGUUGGCGGCUUGAGUAUACCGCUGUGUCCGAGGACAGCACCUACUGUCCGGAGGAAUUUGACGAGUUCUUCAACCAGAGGAGACGGUGGAUCCCGUCAACCAUCGCUAACCAGCUGGAACUCAUCAGGAAGUGGGGAGGGGGGCAGAUCAAGAGUGACUAUGUUUCAAAGUUCUUCAUCAUGUAUCAGGGUUUCCUGCUGUUCUCAUCUAUGAUUGGUCCAUCGACUGUGAUCCUCAUCAUGGCUGCCGGUCUGGAGCUGGUUGUAGGUAGUGUGGGAGGAGGGAUCGUGCCAACAGUUGUCGUGUUCUCAAUGAUCUUCCUCGGGUACGGCGCGCUGUGUCUGUACACAAAGCAAUCCACACAGCUCAAGUGGGCGAAGGUGCUGACGCUGGUGUUUAUGGUCGUGAUGGUGAUGGUACUGAUAGGACAGGCGCGGGAAAUGGUCGUUGCCUUCCAGAGACUCAACGACAGGCUAACACAGGAGAGCGCCAACCACAUCACAGACGCCGAGAAAAGUUGCCUUGACUGCCUUACUACUGGCUGCGGCGACUGUAAAACGUUAACCUGCGAUGGGCCACUCAACUGGUCGAAGAACAACGUUUCUACAUGGUUGAUGGAAUGCUUUGGACCAGACGACCAGUUCGACAACGUUUCCGGUCACAUUACACAAUACAGUGGCUUCCAGUUGUCUCUCUUUGACGAACAGACGCUCUGUGUUGAAUUCGCUGGACAGGGUGGAAACCCUGCAAAGGAAAGGGACUGUAAACUCAUCUUCAGAGAGUUUGUCAAGCUCAAAGAUGAAAACGUUCCAAUAACAAGUACUCCGCCAACGACAAUCCUAGAGCAGCUGCCUCUCCCGGUAAGCGUGAUCUACUUCCUCAGCCUGGCGGCUCUGUACCUGCUCACGGCGCUGCUGCAUCCAUCGGAGUUCCUCAAACUGCUGUACGGCUUCGUGUACCUGCUGAGUCUGCCGUCUGGCUACAUCCUGAUGACCAUCUACAGCGUCUGUAACAUGACCGACAGAUCCUGGGGUACGCGAGAAAUAAAAGUACCAGGUAUGGCCGCUGGAGGCAAAAGUAUCAUGGAAGUGAUGUCAAACUUAUGCCGAACUAUGUGCAGUUGUUGCCGGCGGGAAGACAGUAAGCAGCCUGAACUGGAGGAAAUUUCCAUCGAUGACAUCGAUGAUUUACAGACCGAAGAUGAGGAGAGUGAAUCAGAAUACCAGCAGAGUGAGACCCAAUCUUUUCUAGGUAAUGUGAAACCAGCUCCUGCAAACAAGAGCAGCCUGUGGGGCGGGUCAGUGAAAGGUUCUAUCCGGGGACACCGUUCACAUUUACACAGGACAUUGCGAGAGCAUCGCUUUCUGAUAAGAUCGGCCAGCACGCAAUCUCAGCACGACGUGAACGAUUUCCUUCCGAGCCAAUGGCAGGACGAGCUAAGACAAAAGUACGAGAAGAAGUUCAGGGAGCACGGUUACGAGAACACAUCAUUCAUCUUUGGGAUGACGAACAAGGAUCUGGAGGCUAUCGGUAUCACAAAUAAGUACCAUCAGGACGUUCUUAUGAAGGAAAUAAAGAAGCUGCCGGAGUCUGAACUUGAUGAUACCGUGCCGGUCACUUUUCAUUGA